AUACUGCGUUUUCCCUUUCCACACUCCUGAAUAAAAUCCAGCACACUUCACCAUGUCCCUGCAACAUUCUCUCGAGCGACAGAGUAGAAAGCUACUGAACGGAUACAAAGAUGAAACAAACUCAAAUGUGGACGUAUAUUUGUGUGAUAUUCUUAACUCUACAGAGUCAAUGCUCCGCUUGCAGAUGGCUCGACAGAUACGGGACUGUGAGCGCCGAAUCUCUGACGCUGCUUCGGGAAAUGAGUGGACAAUAUCCUGAGAAUGUCUUGGUGCAUUUUCCGGGGACCCUAUACAACUUGGCAGAGAAAGCUGAGGUGGAGGACCAGGUGAGGUUUUUUGUCUUGACCUUAGAUCACAUCAUCAAUCUCAUGGAUGACCCCGAGCACAUGAAUUCAGUGCAAUGGAAUCUAACGAAAGUGAAAUAUUUCCUAGAAGUCCUGCAGAGGCAGUCAUCUGAGCUUAAAGAAUGCGUGGCCCAAUACCAAAAGCCAUUGCAAAAGGAGUCUUACGAGAUUGGGAUAAAAAGGCACUUCAGGACUCUAAAGAAGAUUUUAAAGAAAGAAAAAUAUAGUGCUCAAGCAUGGGAACAGAUCCGGAGAGCUGUGAGAAGCCACCUUCAGAGGAUGGAGAUCAUCGCAAACAACAUUAAAAAACGUUUCUGAUAGGAGUUUAAGAGACAAUGACUGAAAAAUAAUGUCUGACACAUUCCACAGAACAAAAAAAAAACUGCCUUACAAACAUAACACUGAAAAAAAAGAAUAAUGUUAUAAAUGUAUUUGUGUAUUCACAUGUUUGUAUUUAAUUGCACUGAAUGUAACCUAGACGUGUUUAGAUUGACCAAUAGGUAGAGGUUUAAUACAGAGUUUACGUUAUGUGUUUCCUAUGAAAACUUGAAGUUAUCAGAUCAAACAAGCUAUUGAUGUUUCUUACAAAAACCUGUAAAAAACUUUCUGUUUGGUUUAGGUGAGAAGAAGCCUCUUUGCCUAAACUAUACUCAGAUAUUUUGCUAACUAAAUGAAAAAACAUGCUAUGUAUUUAAUGUAUUGUUUGUU